GCGCGGUGGACUCGGCGGCCGCCAGUAGUUAGUUAGUUGUUAGUCAGUGUCAGUUGCUCGGCGGCGGCGGCGGCGGUCACCAGGAAGGGGACGGGGACGGGCGGCGGCGGAGAUCCCCGCGGUGGUGUGCGCACCCCUCAGUAAAGAUCGCUAUCUUCAGAACCUACCAGAAGAAAUGAGAGGCAAGAAAGAAAGGCCAUUCAUUUUGGAAAGACCCAAACGACACUGCAGUUAUAAAGGAAAGUAACACCAGCUGCUAAACUGCCACCAUCACCAGAACCCAUGAGGUGCUUCAAAUUCAAACGGUUGGCGGCGCCCGGGAGCGCGGCCGGCGCAGCCCGCAGGAGGUGAGCGGCCGCUCUGCCGCAGGCUUGCCAUGCACUGAAGGAGACGCGCUGCGGGUGACCUUCGCUUUCAAAGAUGUCUGCUUGUAGCACCUUCACUGAGCACGUGUGGAAACCCGGCGAGUGCAAGAAUUGCUUUAAACCUAAGAGCUUGCACCAGCUCCCCGCGGACCCGGAGCCGGGCCCGGGCGCCCAUGGCGGCGUGAAGACCAACGCCAACCACAGCAACAACCACCGCGUCCGGGCCGCGGGCAGCUUCCGGCCCCCCGUGGCCAAGAAGCCCACGAUCGCCGUGAAGCCCACGAUGAUGGUGGCCGACGGGCCGAGCACGGGCGGCGAGCCGGGCACCCCGGAGUCCGGCGAGAGCAAACCCGUGGCGCCAGGGUGGAACCGGAACCGGGCGGCCGCGGGUUCGAAGCCGCUCACCACCACCACCACCAAUAACAACAACGGGGAGCCCGAGGGGCUCAGCCUGGCCCCCAAGUUGUACGAGCCCGCCAAGAAGGGGCCCGGCGGCAACAACAACAACAACAACGAGGACCACGGGCUGGCGGACGUGCUGAAGGAGGUGGCGGGCCUGGGCCUGGACGGCGAGGCCAGCGCCCGGGAGAGCUUCCUGGGGAGGAUCAACGACCGCUACCGGCGCUCGCUGGAGAGGGCGCUGCCGCCCAGCUGCCUGCUGGCCGGCGGCCGGGAGGCGCCGCCCGGGCGGCGCGUGGUGCUGAGCGGGGCCGCCGCGGUCAUCAGCAGCGAGGGGGGCCGCUUCUGCUACCCCGAGCCGUCCAGCGGGGAGGAGAGCGACGAGGACGCGCGCCCGGGCCGCCCCGAGGAGGCCGACGAGAGCUGGGGCGAGAGCGACGAGGAGCUGCUGGCCAUGGAGAUCCGCAUGCGCGGCCAGCCGCGCUUCGCCAACUUCAGGGCCCACACGCUGUCGCCCGUGCGGCUCUGCGUGGGCAAGAAGUGGAACACGGUGCCCCUGCGGCACAAGUCCCUGCAGCGCGUCUGCGCCGUGGACUACGACGACAGCUACGACGAGAUCCUGAACGGCUACGAGGACAGCUCCGGGGCCUCCUCCGGCCAGGGCAGCGUGCAGAGCAUGGGCUCGUCCAGCUCCACCUCGCCCGAGUCCUCCCUCACCGGGGAGUCGCGCCCCGAGACGGCCAGCAGCGCGUCCCCGAGGCUGUGCAACGGGGAGCCGGUCCCCGAGCAGCCGGGGCCGGGCAGGGACGGCACGGAGGCCGAGCCCGGCCCUGCCGGCCCCGCUGGCCAGGAGAAGGACGCGUCCCGGGCUUCCAAGGGCUCCGUCAAAGCUCCGGAGACUCACAAAGCCGUCCUGGCGCUCCGGCUGGAAGAGAAGGACGGAAAGAUUGCCGUGCAGACGGACAAGCAAGAAAGUAAAGUCUCCAAAGAGAUCGCCGGGCAGGCGGUGACCAUCAGCCUGGUUCCGGUGGAGGAGCAGGCGAAGCCGUACCGCGUGGUGAACCUGGAGCAGCCGCUGUGCAAGCCGUACACGGUGGUGGACGUGUCGGCGGCCAUGGCGGGCGAGCGCCUGGACGGCCCCGCGGGCAGCGCCCGGGCCGCCGGCCCCGCCUCCACCCCCAGCUCCCCGGUCACGUCGCCCACGCUGACCCCGGGGCCGGUCAGCGCGCGUUUCCCAAAAUCCAGCGCCAUCCGGUACCAGGAGGUGUGGACCUCCAGCACGAGUCCCCGGCAGAAGAUCCCGAAGGCCGGGCUGGCGCCGGGCGGGCCCGGGCCCGACGCGCCCCCGAGGAGGAGCUGCCACAAGUCGGCGCCCACCUCGCCCACCGCCACCAACGUCGCCUCCAAAACCAUCCCGGUCAAGUCGCCCAACCUGUCCGAAAUAAAAUUUAAUAGCUACAACAACGCGGGGAUGCCGCCCUUCCCGAUCAUCAUUCACGACGAGCCGAGCUACGCGCGGAGCUCCAAAAACGCCAUCAAAGUCCCCAUCGUCAUUAACCCCAGCGCCUACGACAACCUGGCCGUCUACAGGAGCUUCCUGGGGACCAGCGCCGAGCUGUCGGUGAAGGAGAAAACCACGAGCGUGAUAAGCCACACCUACGAAGAGAUCGAAACCGGGAGCAAAGCCUCCGAGGCCGCCACGGCCGCCGCGGGCCGAGCCGCCGACGGCGCCCAGGAGAAGGGGGCUUCCGGCGGCGCGGGGCGCCCGCGGGGCGCCGUGGCGCAGAAAGUUCUGGAGUUUAACAGCUGCCUCAGCAGAGGCCAGUCGUCCCCGCAGAGGAGCUACAGCUCCAGCCACAGCUCCCCGGCCAAGAUCCAGAGGCCCCCGCCCGAGCUCGCGGCCAAAACCGAGGCCGCCCCCGAGUGUCAGCCGGCCGCGGGCAGGGAGCAGGCGAGCGCCGCGGCCUCCCCGACGGUGCCUGCCGUCCAGCCGCCCCAGGGCCCCCCCGAGGCCGCCCCGCCGGGCCCCAAGACCUGCAGCGCCGAAGAGCUGUACGCCGUGCCCCCCGACGCCGAGCCCGCGCCCGCCAGGCCCAAGUCUCUCUUUACGCCUCCGGCCGGCGGAGAGGCCGAGGCCCCUCCGGCCGCAGAAAGCCCACCCGCCAGAGCGCAGAAAGAGCCCCUGGCGAAGCCGGCCGCGUCCCCCCGCGCCGGGCUGCGGGCCAGCCCCCCGGGCGCGCCCUCGCCGCCCUUCCCGCCGCCGCGCUCCACCUCCUCCCCCUACCACGCCGGCAGCCUGCUGCAGCGCCACUUCACCAACUGGACCAGGCCCUCCGGCCCCGCCCGGGCCACCGAGGCCGAGGCCGUCCUGCACCCGGAGAGCAGCAGGCGGGCAGCGGACGCCAAGCCCAAACGCUGGAUAUCCUUCAAAAGCUUCUUCCGCCGUCGGAAAACGGACGAGGAGGACGACAGAGAGAAAGAGCGCGAGAAAGGGAAGCUGGUGGGCCUGGACGGCACGGUCAUCCACAUGCUGCCGCCGCCGCCCGUGCAGCGCCACCACUGGUUCACCGAGGCCCGCGGCCAGGCCAGCGAGAAGCCCGCCAUCGUCUUCAUGUACCGGUGUGACCCGGCCCAAGGCCAGCUCAGCGGGGACCAGGCGGCCGCGGCCGCGAGGGGACGAGUGGAGGAGGUAGAAGCCGGGGGAUCCGAGAAGAAGAGCGUCCAUUCGCCACCACAGAUCCCAGGAACAGGCCCCAGCCACGUGACCCAAGAAGUACCAGAGGGGUUUUCUCCUCAGGAUCCAAGAACUGUUAGUAGGAAGCAAGAUGGCACUUCCGUUACACCAGCACCGCCUGCCCCGGACCUGGAAAGGGAGGAGGAAAAAGAUGACACUUCAGAUCCCAUGGACCCGAACCCCUGUAGUGCAACAUACAGCAAUUUGGGACAAUCUAGAGCAGCCAUGAUCCCACCCAAGCACCCAAGGCAGCCCAAGGGGGCUUCAGAUGACGCCAUCACCUUUGGAGAGAAAGCAGAGCAAGAAGCCCUGAGCGCCUCCCAAGCCACGCCCCCCCCACUGCCAAAGAAGAUGAUCAUCAGAGCCAACACCGAGCCCCUCUCCAGAGACCUCCAGAGAGCCAUGGAGAGCAGCCUCUGUGUGGUGGCCAACCCUACCUAUGACAUUGACCCCAGCUGGGAUGUCAGCAGCGCCGGCUCCUCCCUUAGCUGCGACCUCAAGGGUGGGGACGUGGGCUCCUGCAACUCUCUGGAGAGACCUGUCCCUUCCACCGCAAACAGCAUCUGCAGCUUCACCGCCCUCAGUGCUAAGGACAGAUUCUCCAACAGCACAGAGUCCCUGUCCAGCCGCCGUGGCCCCUCCUGCAGACCGGCUCAGAACAUCCAGAAGCCACAGAGACAAGCCCUUUACCGUGGACUUGAAAACCGGGACGAAGUAGUGGGGAAAAUCCGAAGCCUCCACACAGAUGCCUUGAAGAAACUGGCCAUGAAAUGUGAGGACCUCUUCAUGGCUGGCCAGAAAGACCAGCUCCAGUUUGGAGUAGACAGCUGGUCAGAUUUCAGACUGACGAGUGACAAGCCAUGCUGUGAGGCGGGCGACGCGGUGUACUACACUGCCUCCUAUGCAAAGGACCCGCUGAACACCUACGCAGUGAAGAUCUGCAGGAGCAAGGCCAAGGAGUCGCAGCAGUACUACCACAGCCUGGCGGUGCGCCAGAGCCUGGCCGUGCACUUCAACAUCCAGCAGGACUGCGGCCACUUCCUGGCCGAGGUGCCGGCGCGCCUGCUCCCGUGGGAGGACCCGGCCGAGCCGGCGGACCCGGCGGACCCGGGCCUGGGCGAGGGCGGGGCGGGCGCCGAGGCCGACCCGGCGGACCCCGCGCCGGGCCCGGACCCCGCCCCCGAGCGCCGCGCCGCACCGCAGAGGAGCCACGUGGUGGUGAUCACGCGCGAGGUGCCGCAGCUCACCGUGGCCGACUUCGUGCGGGACUCGCUGGGCCGGCACGGCGCGUGCCCGGACGCGUACGAGCGCCAGGUGUGUCUGCUGCUGCUGCAGCUGUGCGCGGGCCUGGAGCACCUCAAGCCGCACCACGUCACGCACUGCGACCUGCGGCUGGAGAACCUGCUGCUGGUGCCCGCGGGCCCCGCCGCGCCCGGCCCCGCGCGGCUCCUCGUGAGCAACUUCUCGCAGGCCAAGCAGAAGAGCCACGCGCUGGACCCCGAGGCCCUGCGGGACCAGGCGCGCCUGGCCCCCGAGGUCCUGCCCGGCACCCAGUACCGCAAGUGCGACGAGUUCCAGACGGGCAUCCUGGUGUACGAGAUGCUGCACCUGCCCAACCCCUUCGCGCAGCACCCCGCGCUGCGCGCGCGCGACUACACGCGCGCCGACCUGCCGCGCAUCCCGCUGCGCUCGGCCUACUCGCGCGGCCUGCAGCAGCUGGCAGGCUGCCUGCUGCACCCCAACCCCGCCGAGCGGCUGCGCAUGGCCGAGGCGCGCGGCGUGCUGCAGUGCCUGCUGUGGGGGCCCCGCGAGGACCUGCGCCACGCGCUGGCCGCCGCCCCCGGCCCCGCGCCGCGCGCCGCGCUGCUCCAGAACUGGCUGGACGUCAAGCGGACGCUGCUCAUGAUCAAGUUCGCCGAGAAGUCCGUGGAGCCCGGCGGCGCCGUGGGCCUGGAGGACUGGCUGUGCGCGCAGUACCUGGCCUUCGCCACGGCCGACUCGCUGGGCGGCAUCGCGAAAAUCCUGCAGCAGCCGUGACGCGCCCGCCCCACGCGCACGAGCGCCCUGCAGGGCCCGGCCGGCCCGGGAGCUCCGGCCCGCGCCCCCACGGCUGCAGGCUGUAACAACUGUCCACGCGGCUGGCCUCCACGUCCGGCUGCGUGCUGG